CGACGGAAAACAACACAAUCCGCUCGCACGUUGCAGCAUGAAAUUCACCCUAAGCACCAUUACCAAAUGUUCCGGUCGGUUAGGAGUUUUGGGUGGCCUGGACCGAUUGCCCAAUCUGUCCCUUGCAACACCGGCAAUUAUAUUUCACACAAAGGGUGGCAGCAUACCGCAUCUUAGCAAAGAAGCCAUGCAGCAUGUGUGCAAUGAGCCAACCUUUCUGCAGCUAAGCAUUUCCAACACGCUCCACAUGCAGGAAGCGAUCCAAGCAAGCCGCAUGACGAUUGCUGAAUUCAUCGCACAAAACAACUGUGCCACGCUGCUUUUUCCGCGCGAUCCAAGCGAAAUUCCUAUCCCGGGUGUACCGGAGAAAGAACUGGUUCCCGUCUACACAAGGAACGGGCGAAGAAACAUUAGCCUGGAACAAUAUAUGACGCUGGUUGAAGCGUUCCGGCCUGAUGCUUAUGUACCACUGUACGAUGGAGAUACGGACAGGAACAGUUCAAAGAAGCGUGAACAGAAGUCCCUUGAUCGGACGGAAAAGUUUGUGGAGCAGUGUCUCGAAUGGCACCGUAAGUCUGAAACGUUGCAGUCGAGCUGCCUUAUCGGCCCAGUGGUCGGCGGGUAUAAUGAAAAGUUGCGCGAACAAUCGAUAGAAAUCCUGCGAAAAUCAGAUGAACUGUUUGCUGGUUACUUAAUCGAUGGAUUGCACCUGAAUGGUCCAUCGGUGGCGCGUAUGGACGGUACGGCCAUGCUACCGAUCGUCGCCAACGUUUGCCAAAAGCUACCGGAGGAAAAGGUUCGCUUUUGCUUUGGUUCGUACGAUCCAUUGUUGGUGCUCGAGAUGGUUGCGGCCGGAGUGGACAUUUUUGAUACGAGCUACGUCUAUCUGAAGGCGGCCCAGGAACAUCGGGCGUUGGUGUUUUCGUUCGAUGUAACCUCUACGGAGCAGCAUACGACCGAACUGGAUACGACUGAUACGCGAUGGGCGGAAGAUUUUGGUCCCCUGCUGGAUGGUUGCCGAUGCUACACGUGUCAGAAACAUUCCCGAGCGUAUGUGCACCAUCUGUACAAUACGCGUGAAAUGCUUGGUCCGAUUUUGCUCAUGAUGCACAAUUUACAUCAUUACCUAGAGUAUUUUAAAACAAUCCGGGAACACGUGCAAAACGAUACGCUGGCAGAGUUGAAGAAGCACCUUGCCGGGCAGAAAACUCUUCCACCGUUUGUACCAUCGAAGGAGGAGAAAAUUUUAACGCCAGCAGCGCAGAAGGACAUUCUAGAACCAACAGAAGAUAUGGAAGACAAACAAACGAAGAAACAACGUGCGUAAAGUGGAGAAAAAUGAUCCAAAAAGUCGCCUGUAAUACGUUACGAGCAAAUAAACUAAUUUUCAACCAUA